AAUCACAGCAAAUUAACAAGAAAGGAAAAAAGAUAACAAUGGCUUCCUCCAUGGUGACGUCAACCACCAUUGCCUGCAAGAACAGGGCUAGCCCGGCUCGGGCUUCCAUGGUUGCACCUUUCACUGGCCUUAAGUCUUUCUCAGCUUUCCCAGUCACCCGCAAGCUCAACAAUGACAUUACUUCCCUCCCUAGCAAUGGUGGCAAAGUCCAAUGCAUGCAGGUGUGGCCACCACUUGGAAAGAAGAAGUUUGAGACACCCUCAUAUCUCCCACCUCUAUCUCCGGAGUCACUGGUCAAGGAAGUCGAUUACCUUCGCCAAGAAUGGGUUCCUUGCUUGGAAUUUGAGUUGCUGCAUGGAUUCGUGUACCGUGAGAACCACAGAUCUCCAGGAUAUUAUGAUAGGCGAUACUGGACAAUGUGGAAGUUGCCCAUGUUUGGAUGCACUGAUUCAUAACAAGUGUUGAAGGAGUUACAGGAAGCCAAGAAGGCUUACCCCAAUGCAUUUAUCCGAAUUAUCGGAUUCGAUAACAAGAGACAUGUGCAAUGCAUCAGUUUCAUUGCUUACAAGCUUCCGGGCGUCUAAAUUUAGACACUUUGGGUUGUCUAGGUGUUUGUUUUUGCUAGCUCUUUGCAUUUUGUGGCAGUUGUUUGUUUGUAUUGUGAAUGAUGGAGGGGCCAUUUGUACAUAAAAGAGUAAACUAAUGAGAUCAUGUCCUUUUAUCAUUAUA